UUAGGGGAGAAAGGAUCACUGGGAGAAGUCAAGGCAGGAACUUGAAGACAAGCCUGCUUGCUAGUGCACACAGCAUUAUCUCUGACCAAGGAGCUCAUCUCACAGUCAAGAAGUAUAGCUGGAACCAUGGAGGAUGCUGCUGGCUGGCAGGGAUCGACAAGACCAUGCUGGCCAGUCUGAAGGUCAAGAAGCAGGAGCUGGCCAACAGCUCAGAUGUGACCCUCCCAAAUCGGCCACUGUCCCCUCCUCUCUCUGCACCCCCAACCAUGAAGGUAAGAGCCUCAAGUCAGGAAGUGGGAGGGAGGGGAUGCCUGGGAACAUCAUGUGGCCUUGCUGUUGUUUUAGCGUCAUGUCCAGUGUGGGCCACAGAGGGCCCGACACUUGGGGAGACCGUGUCCUGUUAACUCAGGUGGUGUGGGAGGAAGGUAUAACUCAUGAGGUGUCUGUGUCAAGGGGCAGUGAAAACACAGACCAGGGCUGCAGUGGGGUUGGCAGGGUGCUUGGAUUAGUGAGAAGCCACAUGGAAUGGUGGGUUGGGCACAAGGAGUACACAUUGGAAGAAGUAGAGGGGACAGAAUGCAGCUGGAUAUUAAAGGGGCUGACAUUCAAGACAGGCCUGAGGCAGCUGUCUAAGGAGGGUGUGGAGUGGGAAGAGGAGACGUUCUUAGGAUGGUAUGGUGGAAGACGCUGCACAGAGACACAGAGGGAUGAGCACUUUCCAUCUGCGGAGUUCUUCGAGAUGCUGGAGAAAAUGCAGGGGAUCAAGCUUGAAGAGCAGAGGCCAGGACCCCAGAAGAACAAGGAUGACUAUAUCCCCUACCCCAGCAUCGAAGAGGUUGUGGAGAAGGGAGGCCCAUAUCCUCUGAUCAUCCUUCCCCAGUUUGGGGGCUACUGGAUUGAGGACCCAGAGAACGUGGGCACUCCGACAUCACUGGGCAGCAGCGUUUAUGAGGAGGAGGAAGAGGACAGCCUGAGCCCCAACACGUUUGGCUACAAGCUUGAGUGCAGGGGUGAAGCCAGGGCCUACCGCAGGCACUUCCUAGGCAAGGAUCAUCUAAACUUUUACUGUACUGGCAGCAGCCUGGGGAACUUGAUCCUGUCCAUCAAAUGUGAGGAAGCUGAGGGCAUUGAGUACCUUCGGAUCAUACUCAGGUCCAAACUGAAGACAGUGCAUGAGCGGAUUCCCUUGGCUGGAUUGAGCAAGUUGCCCAGUGUCCCUCAGAUUGCCAAGGCUUUCUGUGAUGACGCAGUGGGGCUGAAAUUCAAUCCUGUCCUGUACCCCAAGGCCUCUCAGAUGAUUGUGUCCUAUGAUGAGCAUGAUGUCAACAACACUUUCAAGUUUGGGGUCAUUUACCAAAAAGCCAGGCAGACCCUGGAGGAAGAGCUCUUUGGGAACAACGAGGAGAGCCCAGCUUUCAAGGAGUUUUUGAAUCUCCUGGGGGACACCAUCACACUGCAGGACUUCAAAGGUUUCCGAGGAGGCCUGGAUGUGACCCAUGGACAGACAGGGGUGGAGUCAGUGUACACCAUUUUCCGGGACCGGGAGAUCAUGUUCCAUGUCUCUACCAAGCUGCCCUUCACGGAUGGUGACACCCAGCAGCUUCAGAGAAAGCGGCACAUUGGGAAUGACAUUGUGGCCAUCAUCUUCCAAGAGGAAAAUACACCGUUUGUCCCAGAUAUGAUUGCAUCAAACUUCUUACAUGCCUACAUAGUUGUUCAGGCUGAGAACCUGGGCACAGAGACCCCAUCCUACAAGGUGUCAGUCACUGCAAGGGAGGAUGUGCCUGCCUUUGGUCCCCCUCUGCCAAGCCCACCUGUUUUCCAAAAGGGUGCAGAAUUCCGGGAGUUUCUGCUCACCAAGCUCACAAAUGCAGAAAAUGCUUGCUGCAAGUCGGACAAGUUCGCCAAGCUGGAGGACCGGACCCGGGCUGCUCUGCUGGACAACCUCCAUGAUGAACUCCACACACACACUCAGGUCAUGCUAGGCCUGGGCCCUGAGGAAGACAAGUUUGAGAAUGGGGGCCAUGGAGGAUUCUUGGAGUCUUUUAAGAGAGCCAUCCGUGUUCGCAGCCAUUCCAUGGAGACCAUGGUGGGUAGCCAGAGGAAGCUGCAUGGUGGGAACAUUCCUGGCAGCCUCAGUGGGGGUAGUGUCCACAACAGCGUGGAGGUCACCAAGACCACCUUCUCAUGACAGUGCCUCCAGCACUCCCAAAACCCCGGAUGGUGGACACUCUUCUCAGGAGAUAAAGUCUGAGACCUCAUCAAAUCCCAGCUCUCCAGAAAUCUGUCCCAACAAAGAGAAGCCCUUCAUAAAGUUGAAGGAGAAUGGCCGUGCCAACAUCUCCCGUUCCUCCUCCAGCACCAGCAGCUUCAGCAGCACCGCAGGGGAGGGUGAGGCCAUGGAGGAGGAUGAGAGUGGGAGCAGCCAGCCAUCCACGACCUCACCCUUCAAGCAGGAGGUGUUUGCUUACAGCCCGUCCCCGAGCAGCGAGAGCCCCGGUGUGGGAGCUGCUGCCACCCCCAUCAUCAUGAGCCGGAGUCCCACAGAUGCCAAAAGCAGAAACUCCCCGAGGUCAAACCUGAAAUUCCGCUUUGAUAAACUCAGCCAUGCUAGCUCCAGUGCGGACCCCCAGUCUUCUUUCCAGUGGGCUGUAGAGAGCACCUCAGAGAGUGUUCGAAAGGGCUCCCUAAGGCAGGUGGAGAAGGAUGUUCUGCUAGACCUGGGGGUGAUGGUUUCUGUUCUUACAUGGGUCACUAAUGUGAAAGCGGAGUCCUUCCCCUGUCUAAGGGAAGUCUUGAUUCUGGCCUGCAGAAGGCUCCUAUUUCAGCGGUUUGGGGGUGCCAUCCACUACUCUGACCAUUCAGGCCUGCUGUCUCACUGGCCACCUGCCCAGCAGACCCGCUGUCUGUUCCAUGACCUGGCCAUGGCCUUGCUGGCUCCUUCUCCACAGACCUGA